GAAUUCUUGAGGGCGCUAUCACGUUACUGUAUAUCCACGCGUUAGAAAAAUGUACAAAACGAGUUUUUCACUGUGCCAAAAAGUUAGCAAAAUCACUGAUAUCUUUAAGUGAUAUUGUAUUAAGCGACUGAAUGGCGUUCAGGGUGAAUUUAGUAUGAGAAUUGUCACUUAGCCUUCAUUUCAGGAUCGCCUUCAUGUACUGGACUGUAUAACCAUGGAGGAAUAAGAAUAACUGAACUGAACUGAACUGAACUGCACUGAUGUGGAAAUGAGUGUUUACUGAACUGCUGUAGUUGUAUCCGGUCACAGUACCUCCAAGAUGUACCGAUUAGGCAUCAACGACCUUCUGCAGCGCUUCAGUGAUGGCACCUUAACAUGCGAGGCCUACACAAGACGAGUCAUCCAACGGGCCCAGGACCUGAAAGUCUUCAAUUACUUCGUCUCCAUGAACACGGAUCGGAUGCUGAAGGAUGCCCAGGAGGCAGAUGCCAGGUACAGGAACAAGACCAACCGGCCUCUUGAAGGCAUCCCGAUCGCCAUGAAGGAUAACAUCGACAUCGAAGGCGAGCCGACCGAAGCAGGUACCCCUGGUCUCGCCGGCCUGAAGCCCAAACACACGGCCGAGGUCGCUCGGAGGUUGUUUGAUGCUGGGGCCAUCCACGCAGGUCGAGCUAACAUGCAUGAGCUGGCUUUUGGAAUCUCAAGCCGCAACGAUCAUAAAGGACCGUGCCACAACUUCCACAAUUUUGACUACACCUGCGGGGGAAGUAGUGGUGGUAGUGGCGGGGCAGUCUCUGCUGACAUCGUCCCGGCUGCCCUGGGUACUGACACUGGUGGGUCGAUCCGGAUACCCUCCUCAUACUGCGGGGUCUUCGGUCUACGACCGACCAGUGGUCGCUGGCCGGCUGAUUACGGCGUCAAGAUGUCUCAUGUGAGAGACUCAGUGGGUCCCCUGGUACGCAGCGCUGUGGAUAUCGCGAUCCUCGACGGCGUCAUGACGGGAGAAGAACCCCACGAAGAAUUGAAACCGGGACAGAUCAGAAUCGGGGUGCCCCGGCCUUCCUUCUGGGAAGGUCUAGACGCUGAAGUGGAGGAGUAUGCAGAGCGUUUUUUGGUCAGGCUGAAGGAGAAAGGCUUUGGGAUUGUAGAGGUGCCGGAGGUUCCUGGGUCGAGGGAGUUGCUGGAGAAAUAUGUCCAGGCGACCGUUUACAAAGAGAUGAUACCUCGACUGGAGGGGUAUCUGAGCUACCAUGGCCAUGACGUCACUGCACAAAGCGUCAUCGACAAAAUCGCCUCCCCAGAUGUAAAGGGAUACUUUCAAUACGCGCUGAAAAAUCCCCCGACCGAAGAGGAAUACAAAAAGGCAAUGGCUACCAGGGAAGAGGCCAGGAAAAAUCUGAGGCCUUUCUUCGAGGACCACCACCUGGACUGCAUCCUGGUUCCGGCCAACAAGAUCCCCCCGCCUACCUUACGCACUUUUGAGGAUCGAAACUCCGAGCUCUUGGGGCUGAUCACGCAGAAUGACGACUUCGGCAACAUCUGCAACAACCCUUCGCUGGUUAUUCCCGGUGGGUUUGCACGGCGUAGUGGUGUUCCUUUCGGCAUGCAGAUCGAGGGAUACACAGGCAGUGACAGGCGGGUGAUCGCUGUGGCGGUAGCAAUUGAGAAAGCUCUGAACUUGUAAACAUUAAAACAACAAACUAUCACACAGGCUGUGGACUCAAUAUUAAUCUCCUCAUCAAUAUCUAUGAAGUUCAUACGUCUUGCGCAUGCGAAUGCGAAUGCGAGGUGAAUAGAGCCUGAAAGUUCACCAUUUUGUCUUGGGGCUUCUGGACCCCUGGGCAUUUCACACUUGGUUGCCCUUUCUCUUGCUAUAAAUUCUAACCGUAACCACCCCAAGAAACAUC